AUCAACAUCAUAUUGUCUUACCGUUUCCUUGAACAAAGGGAAAAAGUUCGAAGUGAUUUUCUGUCCACCUAAGUAUAUCAUAGAAAAUGAUAAAGAAAAGAUAUAUGCCAUCCUGGAAUUAGUGUGUCUAUUAUUUUUGAUGCCAAUAUUUCUAGUGUAUUCCAUAUUGCCAAAACUUCGAAAUGUAUACGGUUUUAUGUUGUGCAAUUACAGCUUUACUUCAUCCGUUGCACUCAUAUUUAAAGCUGUGAAAUUUAUUAUAUAUCUAAAAAUGGAAGUGUCAUAUCCCGUCUGUAUUAUACUUGCUUUUUUGGAAUAUUUUUUUCUUGUGUCGACGUACUUCUGGCUAAUUACCAUGAGUUUUUAUAUGUGGCGAACAUUCAGAGAAUUCUCUUCGUUACGAAAAAACAUCGGACGAUCGGGAAAUAAAAAAUUGAUAUAUUAUGUGAUUUUUGCGUACGGUUGUCCACUUAUACUUGCUAUUGUUUGUGUCAUUAUCGUGGAGUUUGUUUCCGAGUAUAUACCAAAAAUUUUGAGGGCAGAAUUAGAAAGGGGAAAUUGCUGGUUUAAUGCUGAAAAUAAAGGAGCGUAUGUGUUGUAUUUUUACUGGAUCGAAACAGCCUGUACCAUUAGUAGCGUUUGUUUAUCCAUCUCUACGACACUGAAUAUCAAACGCUGCGAAAAGGAUGCAAACUUUCAUCUAACAAAUUCGGAAAGCAAGCGAUAUAAUGAUAAUAAGAUAUGGUUUAAUCUCUAUAUGAAAUUAUUUAUGCUGAUGUUUAUCAUGAUGGGUAUAAAUUGGUCUAUUCUUACAACAUCGUGGUGGUUUGCAUACUUAACUGAUUAUUAUUAUUACAUUACUUGUGUUAGUGGUUUGUUAGAUGUAGUGCAGAGUUUCUGUACCUUUAUCAUAUUUGUAUGGAAGAAGAAAAUUAAGUUUAUGUUACUGAAACGAUUCGGAUUCGACACGACUCGAAAGAUCGACUUAAAUACUAUAUCUGAGGAAUCUAUGAGGACGAGUCAAACCUUUGCAAUGACGAAAACUGUCACACGACAGAUUCGUCUGAUGGGAUUGAAUUCGAAUGUUACUGAGUGUUAAAAAAGAGUUUUAUCACAGAUCAAAAAUCAACGAU